AUGGAAUUGGUGUCGGAUUUGGCGGGAUUUCGUGGGACACAUAAAGAACUAUUUCGAGGGUGCAAGAAGGUAGCAAAGGUCCAAUUUUUGAAAAUGGUCCUGCAUUUGAUUCAGCUUUCAGUCUCUUCCAUGGCAAAGACGGACUUGUCCCACUUUCUGGACAUUCAAGUUUUGGAGAUGAGUUCAAGACCAGACUUUUCAGCAAGUCAAUCUCUUGCUGGUAAGGUCGCUACCAUAAGCCUAUCAGCUUUUGGUCCCGGAGGACCUUUUAGAUUUGGUCUCUUCUGA